AUGGCUCAGGGGGUGAUAAGAUUGGUUAAGUGGCAGAGACAAAGAGACACAGACAAGCUCAGUGGUUAUUUUAAGCAGCUCCAUGGCAUCUACAUCAACAGCUCCCGUGUCUCUCUGCUACAGGAGAGGAGUGAUGCUAAACAGAAACAGAUACUGGUCCAAGGGGAGCUACCUCCUCUAAUUCAUUUCGCUCUCUCUGUCCUCUCUCCAGGCUGCGGGCUAGAGUUCCUGCUGGUUCUCUGUGGUCUGGAGCUUUCCUGGUCCUGCCCACACCACUGUAUCUGCUACACCGCGCCCAGUACCGUCAGCUGCCAGGCACACAACUUUCUGUCCGUCCCCGAAGGCAUUCCCCCGCACAGCGAGCGCAUCUUCCUGCAGAACAACAAGAUCCACCGGCUGCUGCAGGGCCACUUCAGCCCCACCACGGUCACACUGUGGAUCUACUCCAACAACAUCACCUACAUCGAGCCCUCCACAUUCCACGGCUUUGCCCAGCUGGAGGAGCUGGACCUGGGGGACAACCGUCACCUGCGUUCCCUGGCUGCAGACACCUUCCAUGGGCUGGGCCGGCUCCAUGCUCUGCACCUGUACCGCUGUGGGCUCAGUGCGCUGCCCAGUAACAUCUUCCAGGGGCUACGCAAUCUGCAGUAUCUCUACCUACAGGAUAAUCACCUGGAGUUCCUGCAGGAUGACAUCUUUGUGGACCUCCACAACCUGAGCCACCUGUUCCUGCAUGGGAACCGUCUGUGGUCACUGCACCAGAACACCUUCCGGGGGCUGGGGGCCCUGGACCGCCUGCUGCUGCACCACAACCAGCUGCAGUGGGUGGACCGCCUGGCCUUCCACGACCUGCGUCGCCUCACCACCCUCUACCUGUUUAACAACUCACUGACCGAGCUGUCUGGAGACUGCCUGGCACUGCUGCCUGCCCUGGAGUACCUGCGCCUCAACGACAACCCCUGGGAGUGUGACUGCAAGGCCCUGUCGCUGUGGGACUGGCUCAAACGCUUCAGAGGUUCUACUUCAUCCGUAGGCUGUCAGGCCCCGGCCGAGCUGGCUGGGAGGGACCUCAAGCAGCUCCGCAAGGAGGACUUCCCCAACUGCUCUGGCUCUGAGUCCCUGCACCAGAGCAAGACCUGGGCCGGGACUGAUAAGGUGUCACUGAAGAAGGAGCCACAUCCAGUGCCACCGCCUCACUCCCACCCCCACCGUCCUCACCACAACGAGUCACCACACUAUCCCUCGCCACCCUCGCCUCUGCCCCAUCCACCCCCGUCUGUAAGCGGGGAGGACACGGGAUCAGAGGGACAACCUGGGGUGGCGCCCCCUCAGAGGCCAGGCCGCGCUCGGAACUGCACCCGCCAGCGCGUCAGGGGAGGCAAGGGGAAGGGGCAGAAUGAGGUGCAUACCUUAAAGGAGAUGACCGAUAAGGAGUAUUCCUCGCCCGAUUUUGAAGGGGGCAAAUAUGACCACACGUCCCCGGAUGGCACGGUCACGCGAAGGAAGCAUAAGUGCCCUCCCCGGACCACUGUUCGCCCCCCUAGUGGGGUGCAACAAGCCACCAAUAGGGCCACAUUCUCCCAGCCCUUAAUUCAUCUCAAUGCCAUAAUGGGAGCUUUGUUGCCCAUGACCAUUGCCCAUAUUCUCCGCUGA